AUGUCGCUGGAUGAGGACCUCUUAGGCACGGCCGCCAAUGGCGGCUCGAUAGAUCUAGAGAAAUGGGCUAGCAUGGUUGCGCCCUUGCUGGAGCGACUGGACUACAUUGUCUACAAUGCAUUCCCCAUGCCGCAGGUGCCUUCCGAGUCGCAUGACCAGCAAUCGUUUCCAAGUCUGCCCUCUCAGCAAUCAGAGACGAAUACCAUCCCUCCUGAAAGUAGCAACAAGGAGAACUCCUCCCCCAACCAGACACAAACAGCCCCGACUGGUUCUCCCCCAUCGAGCGAGCGUGUGCCAGAUUCGCAGCCCCAAGCAUCUGCCGACAAGAGGAGCGAUACGCUGCCGCCGCCACUUGCACUCCUCCUGAACUCAAUCCGCUCCUCGAUUAACUCGUUGUUCACAGAGAAACCGCCCCACACGAUCCAGAGACUCGCGGAGCUUGUACUCCGCCCGACCGCACACUAUAGGACCUUGCCGGCCUAUUUGCGUGCCGUUGAUCGAGUUGUUUCUGUGACAAGUGGUGCAGACAUCUUUCCUUUCCAAACACCCUCGGGUCCCGAAACCUCGUUGAAUGGGCCGCUACACUCCAAUCCCGGUGGGACUUACCUGGGCCCGGACUAUUCUCAUGGCCUCGGAAGCGACGAGUCCCUGGGCGGUGCACUUCUUACUCCAAUCCCCUGGUUGACCAAUGUUUCGUUUGAAGCCGAGGACUCCGCUGCAUUGGAAGAAGCUUCCGAAGAAAUUCUAUCUGCACAGCCACAGGAUGUUGACGUUGGCACUACGGCUAGUGCCACGAUGAUGACAGUCGAAACCGAACACCCCGCGGCGGCUACCGCCUCCCCACCAGCAGAAUCCUCUGAAGAAUUUCCUCACGCCCGUGGCCCGCCGGUUGUUGGCGUAGCGGACAUGGGCCUGCAAGACGGAAAGGGCGUCGAGAUGCCGCUUGAACAAGAUGGCCAGCAGCCUUCGCAGAGCGAUAAUGCCUCCGACACCAAGUCAUCUGCACCUGGCGCUGCGAUGACGGGAGAACCGGCAACAAAGGAGGGCUCAGCCACUACUGACCAGGACGGCGACAUUGUUCUGGAGGACACCAAGGCCAAGGAAACCGCAGAAUCAAAGACUGCAGUUGAGAGUUCGGAUGGAGCCAGUGAUUCAGUUCAGCCAUCGGCAACAGAGAAAAAGGAAUAG